GUAGUCUUACAUACUGGAACUGCAGAAACAACAACACUGUUCAAGUUGCUCACACUGGGUCAUGCAGGACUUCUGCUACUUCCUUCUCCAACUGUUCACUGAAUGAAUGUGCUCCAAACAGUACACAAGUGUGUGGAAAUGAUGGAAAACAGUAUGCAUGUAAAGAAAGGCUUGAUUACUUAAACUGUGUGUAUCAGACCAGUAUUAAAGUAGUCAAAUGCUGCACUCACAAGGGCUGCCGUUACAGAGAUGUGCAAUGUGGAACUGAUGGCAAAAACUACCAAUGUGAGAACAGCACAGAUUACUGGAACUGUAGGAAUGGCACCAACACCAAGAUAGCCCACUCAGGAUACUGUGAAGUGGCGGGACAGUACUCCAAGUGUGUCCUUAAAGAAUGUGCAAAUGACAGUAAACCUGUAUGUGCCAGUGACACUAACAAGAGAUAUGAUUGCAAGGAGUCUCUGGACUACAUGAACUGUGUCAGAAACGCAAGUGCAUUGGCAUACAAUUGUUGCCCAACUACAACAUGCAGAUCAUGGGGAGAUUAUGUCUGUGGAAGUGAUGGAACCACGUAUUCAUGUCAGAAGAGCCUGGACUACUGGAACUGUAGGCGUGGUUCCUCAGUGAAGGCAGUCCACACUGGGUAUUGUACUGCCAAACCUGGCCAGUAUGCCAAAUGUGACCUUAAUGAAUGUUCCAGUAAUGAUACUCAGAUUUGUGGAAAUGAUGGAAAGAAAUAUGCAUGUAAAGGAUUUCUUGACUACAUGAACUGCCUUUAUAACAGUACUGUGCUGCCAUGGCAAUGUUGCACGCGAGUUCCAUGUAGUUUUUAUUCCAGAGCUGUGUGUGGGAAUGAUGGGAAAAACUAUAACUGUGAGAAUGACAUUAAAUACUGGAACUGCAGAAAUGGAACAAACAUCACUGCUUUGCAUUAUGGCAGCUGUGUGGCACCCCCAGCAAUUUAUGCCAAGUGCCCUGCGAAGCCUUGUCCAGCUGAUAGUAAGCCCAUAUGUGGUAGUAAUGGAAAGAAUUAUGACUGCAAGGAGCACAUGGAAUGGUCCAGUUGCCUCUACAAUGAGUCUGUAAGUGUGGAGUAUGAGGGGACAUGUUGUCCCUCCUCCUCCUGCUCUUCAUCCAGCUCUGCUGUCUGUGGCACUGAUAGACAGACAUACCAAUGUCUUAAUGCUACGUCUUACUGGAAUUGCCGCAAUGGAACUAGUGUCAAGGUUGCUUAUUAUAAUAAAUGCAACCCUGCGAUCACAGCUAUGGUUGCCAAGGCCUGUGCUGACUAUAAGGCUAACAAUUGCUCAGUUAGCUCCCGCUUCUGUGCCAACAAUGGGAAUACGUAUAAUGGAUGUUCUCUUGUUCAAGCUCAGUGUAGCAAAGCUAAUGGCUACCCUAAAGUCAAGUAUGUGGGAUCCUGCAGCUGGAUUGACUCUCUUAUUGGGUAACUGGACUACCCACGUCCUAUAUAUAUACACAGCAGUAUAUGAUGGAUUUUUAAAGUGUAUAACCAAAUGCAAUCUAUAUUUGGAAGUUGGUGAUUUUGUGCACCACUUGACAACAUCUAGAAUAAAAGCUGGAAAAUGCUGGUGUCAUGAUUUUUGACAUUGGAUUAAUUGAUAUUUAUCACUACAUGAUAUAUGACUAAGUAACUAAAUAAUGGGCCUUGGACUUUUUUCAUUUAGAUCUACAACUUUUUUUCUGCUAGCUGUGAACAUUUGACAGUGUUAUUGAAUUUAUCAUAGUUAACAAGCUUAAUAAUUAACAAGCACUGGUACAUGAAGCAAGUCGUCCAGUUUUUGAAGCAAAAUGGUCAACUUUUCACUCUACAAAAUAAAACAAACCUUCUCUGUAGAAUUAAAAAUCCAUAUCUUUCAUAUUUAUCCAAUAUUUUAUAGACAUAUAAUAGACUGCCAAGAGUUAAGAGAUGAAAUGUUGGAGAUUUGUAUCUACGUAUAGACAAUUGAUAGCUUCAAAUAAAACUACUGACUAAAAG